UUUUCUUUUUUUUUUUUUGCCUCCCCCCGCUCCUUCACUACUUCUUCGGUGCACUCGCGCCGCUCCCGCCGCCGCCGCCGCUCGGUGCCGCUCCGCUCCCCGCGGGAGGCAGCGCGGGUCGGGCGCGGAGCCGUCCCGCGCCGGCCAUGGCCUAGCGGCGGCGGCCGGGCCACACGAUGAGUUUCCCGGCGGAGGACGGCGUGGGCAGCCUCUGCCACAAGGCGCUGCAGAUCAUCUCGGAGCUGUGCCUGGGCGGGCAGGUGGAGCGGGAGAAGUGCGCCGGCAUCUUCCCCCUGGAGAGCGCCCGGCAGGGCAUCGGCGGCACAGAUGUCUCAGUCAGUCUCUUAGCAGUUGUCGUCAGCUUCUGCGGGCUCGCCUUGCUGGUGGUCUCGCUUUUUGUCUUUUGGAAGUUGUGCUGGCCCUGCUGGAGGAGCAAACCUCUCACCUCCAGUGCCAGUAAUGUCCCGCAGAGCAGCUCCAGCGCUCCCACGGAGGUUUUGGAGAACAGCGAGAAAAAGGAAGUUAAAGAAAAUGGGAAACCUACGACCAAGGUGCUUGAGGCUGCGCUGAAAAUCAGCCACACUUCACCUGAUAUACCAGCAGAGGUGCAGAACGCACUGAAGGAGCACCUGAUCAGACAUGCUCGGAUGCAGAGGCAGAUCACGGAGCCCACGUCCUCAUCAAGGCACAAUUCCUUCAGGAGGCACUUGCCAAGGCAGAUGCAAGUGUCCAGUGUUGAUUUUAACAUGGGGACAGACCCGGUUUUGCAAAGGGGAGAGACCACAACCAGCAUUGGGAGAAUAAAACCAGAACUCUACAAACAGAAGUCUGUGGAUUCUGAUGGGCAACAAGAAGAUGUGAAAACAUGUGGAAAACUUAACUUCACUCUCCGGUAUGAUUAUGAGAAUGAACUUCUGGCUGUCACAAUUGUCAAAGCCUUAGAUCUGCCUGCUAAAGACUUCACAGGAACAUCCGACCCCUACGUUAAGAUUUAUCUGCUUCCAGACAGGAAAAAGAAAUUUCAGACACGAGUUCACAGAAAGACAUUAAAUCCAGUCUUUGAUGAAACCUUUCAGUUUCCUGUAGCCUAUGAUCAGCUCAGCAACAGGAAAUUGCAUUUCAGUGUUUAUGAUUUUGACAGAUUUUCUAGACAUGACAUGAUUGGGGAAGUUAUUCUUGAUAACCUUUUUGAAGUCUCAGAUCUCUCCAGGGAAGCCAAUGUAUGGAAAGACAUCCACUGUGCCACCACAGAAAGCAUAGAUUUGGGUGAGAUCAUGUUUUCCCUUUGUUAUUUGCCUACUGCUGGGAGAAUGACUUUGACAGUCAUCAAAUGUCGGAAUCUCAAAGCAAUGGAUAUAACUGGUGCAUCAGAUCCAUACGUCAAAGUGUCGCUGAUGUGCGAGGGACGGAGGCUGAAAAAGCGGAAAACAACCACAAAGAAGAACACUCUGAAUCCUGUUUAUAAUGAGGCCAUCAUCUUUGAUAUCCCUCCAGAGAACGUGGACCAGGUCAGCCUCUCCAUUGCAGUGAUGGAUUAUGACAGAGUAGGGCACAAUGAGGUCAUUGGAGUGUGCCGGACAGGAAUUGAUGCUGAAGGCCUUGGAAGAGAUCAUUGGAAUGAAAUGUUGGCUUACCCACGUAAACCAAUAACUCACUGGCACCCACUACUAGAGCUACCUGGCCGAGCAACCAGUUUUGAUAGCCAGGGAUCCUGUUCCUCACCCAAACCACCGCUUACACCCUAGGAGCCAGGAUGGAUCCAUCAUGCUCAGUGUCCAAAGCUCCCCCACAGCUCACAUCUACAUCAACAGAAGGUUUGGAUUCUGCAGAUGAACUGUAUCCAUAUUUUUUUAUCAAAAUACAUCUUUCCUAUUCUAAGUCUUAUACGACAAUUUAUAAUAAUUUGUUAAAGUGUGGAUGAAGUUGACUUGAGUCAAAUAUAACCCUUCCUUCUGCAAAUUCAUUCACCUGUUUUAUCUCUGGCAUAUAUCCAGGGCAGUGGUUUGAUGGGGCCUCUAUCUUUUCAGAGGCAAAGAAACCAGAAAAAAAAAAGAUCCCUUAAGUAAUUCAAAACUACUGCGCCUUUUAACACCUAAUUCUUUUGAGGUAGAGCAAUUAGUCAUAUACAGCUCAUGUAGUAAAUUCCUUCUAAAUUGCACUAAAUCCUCUAUGACUUUGCAAGAUAGCACUUCAAACUGAAUGUUGCAUGAAAAAAAACAAAACACUGUUGUCAUGUUUUGAGUAUCUGGAAAAUCAGUUCAUUCCUUGGGCAGGGAGGAAGGGCUGAUUUAAGAGCCAAUGAGGCAGAUCUACUGACUUCAAUAGGUUUUAGUCAAGCCCUUCUGAUACAGGUAUGAGAACUGGAUCUAUGCAGUUAUAAGCUUCCAGCACUGAUGAUGACAGCUGCAUCUCAACACAAGUCAAACUGCAGAGGAGAGAAUGCUCAGACGUAAAGGAAUUGAUUUAACGUGAUUUAUCUCUUCACAAAAUUGACCAAAUAUUGCAGUUACCCACAACAUUUCUGUGAUUCUUGAUUUAAUGUGACAGACUUAGAUUUCUUUGAAGUUAUUUUGACUGAGUGCACAGCACACAUGGAAUUUGGUUUCUGGUUGCUGGCUGGAUGCCUCUAGACACAUAUGCUAAAUAUGAAUUUGAGAUGUGUUUUCUGUCAGUCUAUGGAGAUACAAAUUGAAAUGUGACUAUUUUACAAGCAAGUAAACUCAUUUAUUGGAAUACACAGUGACAGCAAAUGCAAAAAUCUAUUUGCUGUAGUCAGAUACUUUAAAAAGCAGAAGAGAACUACUUAUUAUUUUGUGGAUUUUUCUCCAAACACUGCAGUUUACCUCAAUCAGAUAAAUCAGAUAGUUACUUUCUUUUUUCCUUUUUUCUUUCCUUUCUUUCUGUGAAGAGUGUAGCACAGACAGCAGGAUUGGGUCUGAGGUUUUGAAAGCUGGACUGUAAUUAGAAAAAGUUAGGCACUUUUUGUAUCUUUGCAAUAUAUCUAAAGAAAACAGUGUUUUCCAAAACACUAUUUUUACAGAAGUGUCAUGCAGGAGAAAAACAACAAAAGAAGAUUGAUUUAUGAUAAUGAAAGAAAUUUUGAGAAUUCAUCUGGAUAUGAAGGGAAAAGGUCGUGUUGGCAAACUUCUAAAGAACCAUUUUGGGUUGGUUUAGCCUGGCUGACACAAAAUAUGUACCCGAAGAUCCAGUCCCUCCACGCCACCAUGACUGAUCUCUAAGACAGACAAAAAUACCUUUAAGUGUCUUAAACUGCUCCAGAAAAGCUAGCAAGGCUGGUCUUAACAUUACAGGUGUAUCUAAUUCAAAAAAUGAGGCACUUUUAUACCUUGCCUCCUGUGCCUAUGAAUGCAGCAAGCAAACAAAUAAAUAUAAAUGUCAGUCUUUACAGUCUUUACAAAUAAGGGGAGGGAAAGAAAAUAAAAGAAAGAAAAAAGGGAAAAAAGAAAAGGCUCCAGCCCAAGUUUCUGAAUGCCUGUUUCAGGUUGCUCUUCAUGGUCUCUAGGCAGAAAUGGUUUCUCCCAGAGAGGAUUGGUAAUGCUGACACUGAUCCUCCCUGCUUAAGAUUGUAUUUUCAUCACCAUAAAUGCAGAGCAGCCUUGCAGAAUUUCAUUCCUCCUUUUGCUCUGGAUGAGUAAUUUUUUUAAUAGGAGAACAAACUCUCCUCUGUGAGGUUUUUUCCCUCCCAUCAUUGUUAUCCUAACAAAAUUCUGUGGCUUAGAUAAUUUUCAACAUGAUUCUGCAAGGCUGAUAUCAAAACAGAUAUAUGUGUGUAUAUAUAUAUAUGGAGAUUGAAAAACUAUUUUAUGUAUACAUUUAUCUUAAUAUAAAUUAUAUCAACAGUGGCCUUUGUGGCCUAGAAAAUACUUUUUGUAAUGUGGUACUGUAACAGUCAAUAGUUAAUUAAAUAUUCUUUGCACUUUUUUGCACCUAAUAUCCAAAAAGCGAACAAAUUCACGAUCAAAUGUAGCAUUAGUGUUCAGCAAUGAGCAACGUAUUUUUACCUAUUUUACUGUUCUCUGAGUAUCCUGUGUGUUUCAUCAUAGGUAGCAAGGUAUUUCAAGAUUCAUUUUCUUAAAUUUUAAUUGUUGUUAAAUACCAAAGGCUCAGCUUGUGCCCCUUUGUUGUGUUAUUUUUGGUAUUGUUAAUAACAAUAGUGAAUGACUUCUGUGUCUAAACCUGAUUGAUGGGUGCUCUACAUCUAGAAGAAAUCAGACUGCGAAAUCAUCUGGACAUCUAGCUUCAAAAAUGUUCCCUUAAGUAUUUAUCUUUAUUCUCUUAGCAGUGAUUAAUAGAACUAGAGAAAAAGAUUUAUUUUUUUUCUUCAUUGUUUCCUUAGCCAUCUCAAAAGAUAGGACAUGUACUUAGCAUAACCCAUCCAUUGGCUUUAAAGCCUGGUUCACGAGUUACUCUCAGUGACAUCACAAAAGCACCAAGGAAGAGCUUAGCACAGUUUAAGUCAAGGAAUAUGUGCUCAAUGCAUAUCUUUAUUAAGGAAUUCUAAAUAUUUAAAUUUGGAAACUUGGAGCAGUUACAAGUUCUCUGCUCCCAUCCUGAUUUUUUUUUCUGCUUAUCCACAUUUCUCCCAUAUCUCAUGUAUUACCCUAAUUUGGGAAAAACAAAUGUGGCAAAAGGCUGGUUUAAAAUAUAUUGUAGUACUUUUACAACAGUUAGAAAAUCUUCCUUUCCUAAAGGCCUAAGCUAUUUUACUUGAAGCUCUUUACUUUACAAAAGAAUUGUAUUUGCAUGGCCUGAUUUUUGGGUUUUUUUGUACUCUCACACUGCACAGGUGAGCACAAGUCCACAAAGAUUGAAACCAUGUUCUGCACUCCAUGACCUCAGCUUUGGACCCCAACAUUUUACAGUCCUGCUGACAUGGCCCUUCCCCUCUCCCUCCCAGCAAGUAACCAGCUCUUUCCUCACCAUCUUUUGUCUAUGCUGGUCUUAGGGAUAUGAAUAUUGGUCAAAGUGGCCAGCAACUUCCCCUGCAAAAUUUCUUCUUCAAUAAAUGCAAUUCUUUGGACUACUUAUGUUUAACAAAAUUAUACAUUUUUCUUAAAGAAUCACCACUACUUCCAAUAUUUUUGAAGAAAAUGUUGAGCUACCAAUAAAUGUUUUCAUUGGGUUGAUUUUUUCAAGGGAAAAAGCAUUUACCUAAUUUAUUUCUGUGGGUGCAUUUUUGUAGCAAUAUUAAGAAAAACUUUAGUUAAAAGACUCAUUUGAUUCAUCCUUUUCUCCUCUUUCUCAGCUUUUUAAUUGGAUUCAAUGUAAUUCCUUUAAAAAUUUCUAACAUCAUGACGUACAACAUAUACAUGAUAGUCUAGUUACAAGAUUAUUUUGCUAUCUCUUUUUUAUAAAUUUUUAUAUGUACUAACUUUAUAUUGUACUCCAUUAAUUUAACAGGCUUUUUACAUCUGAAACAGUUUGUCUGUAUUUUUGAGUGAGCAAACAUUCAAAAGAAGGGUAUUUCAGAACUCAGUAAUAGAGUUCUUCUUCUGCUGGAAAUGUAACAUUUUUUAGAAAUCCAUAAAUGUGCCUGCCAAAUUUGAAAAUCACCUUUUUUGAGCAUGCAAAAACCUAGGUUUGCACAUACAAGUACUUGCACUUGCUGGAUGUACAAUCACUAUUAUUUAGCACUCCUGUUACAACAGAACACUCACAGUUAAUCAGAAAAAUGUUUCAGUUCAUGAUAAACACUUGACAAACCUGUACUGUGUGACAGUUCCUUGACCUGACAAGUUCAUAUGACAUUAUUUCUACAAAUGAAAGGCUUGAAAAUUUGGUAGCUCCUAAAACAUGAUGUAUAUGUUAAUCAGACAGUGAGGUGACUUUUGGACAAAGCUCAUGUAAUAUCUGUUGGACCAUCCAAAAUAUGGAUAAAAUAUAGCAUAUAUAGAAGAACUAUUAAUGCAGGUUUUGAUGGGACAUUUUCUCUCUCAUUCACACCACAGCAGAGACUCAAUUUAACUCAAGAUUCACUUUCAUUUAGGUUCUGAGUAUUGCCAGUCUAAACUGAGCUCACUGAAAACAGCUAAAUCAUGGCACAGAGCAGACCCAGAGCUAAGAAAUAUGAAGAUAAAUGUGACAGUAGACACAAAGCUGUUCCAUGCAUCUGAAAAUGCCCUGAAAUUAAAACCUUCCUCCUGAAACUGAUAAUAACUCCAGGAGUUUUACCACUUCUCCUUUCUUUCUCUGCUGUAAAACAGGAUAAAAGAACCACAUUCCUGAAGAAGCAUCAGCAUUAAGCAUAGGAGUUUACUGAGGUGCUGAUCACAACCAUUUGUCUUUUCCAAGGCAAAUAAUACCUUAACUUCUAAAAGUGUCUUUUGUUUACUUAUCUAGAUGAAUAAAUAUCUCCUGCACAAGGCACUUUUCCUUAACCCUGGAAAAUGGUAGGUUUUUAACAGCAUGAAGGAAACCAGGAACCAGAAAUCUAAGAGAAAGUGGUGAAGCUGCAGGUGGGAUUUGAAUUUCACAGGGCAAUCUGGUCAGGAAAAAUUGAACUAACACCUUCAAUCUUGUGCUGAGUGCUAAGGGAUGCUUGAUGAUAGCAGGUGCUCAGGGCUGUGAUUUGAUGUUUUAUCUGAUAGCACCUCUACAAUGUUGCUGUUGCUGGGAAACCUCUUUACAGGCUCAGGGAGGAGAAUGCCUCUGCUAUUGCCAGGUGAAAUUUUUUCCACCCAAGUGUAGACUGUGAUUCUUGUGUUCCAUGGGGCUCAGUCGCCUGGAAGGGCACAAAGCAUGUUAAAUUUGCAGAACAGGAAAAACAAAUUUGGCUCUGUGCCAUCAUGGGGACUAGUCACUUUGUGGGUAUUAAAGACAAGUGUUUGUGCCUUGCUGAUCCAAGGGAGGACAUUUCUUACAGCACUCUGUGGCUAAGCUGUGUGCUGAGCCAUGUCGAUGCUUUUGAAGAUCCUCAGUACCAACAUUGUCAAAAUAUAACCAAUACAUAUAAAUACAGGUUAAAAAGAUUGCCAGAACACCAAAGCUCCCUCCUGUGGAAAAGGAAUGAUGACUCUGAAAAAUAAAUCAAGGCAUCAUGUUCUGGAAGCUGAAUCUGCAGGGAGUCACAGAGCUUCUGUGAUGAAAGUGGCACUGCUCUGUAAUAAUUUAUGAAUACAAUAUGUUGAGUUGACUAUUGGUCCUGAACCAGGUGAGUUCAAUAAAUCUACUUUAGGGAAAAACAGGCAGAAAAUGUUUGACAGGGGAGUGUCUCUCAGGAGCAAAUGAGUUGUAUAAAAUGUUAAUGUCCAUCUUGGUGGCCUGGGAGAGUCUGCUGAUGCUAUAGCCAGCCUGAAAAAUGCAUCUCAUCUAAAAUGGAGAAAUCCCAAGCAGGCAUAAAGAAAAAGGCACAGGAAAGAUCAAGAGAUCCGAUUCAGAGCAGAAAAAUUUUAUGUCUGAGCAGGCUGGGGAUGCAAACUAAUACUGUAGAGAAAAUAGCCUUGGUUGCUCUCUCAUGCGGGGGUGGGAAAGCUUGAGACAGGACAAAUAUGCAUAUAGACUGUUAUUUUCAAUUCCAUUUAUUUAAAAUAUUUAAGUUUGCAUAUUUAAGAUUAAAUAUUUAAAUACCAUUCUAUUUUUAAUGAAGUGGAGUAUUCACAGACUCUCUAAAAGAAAAGUUGCACAUCCAUUCAGACUGUCUGUAUUGGCACAGUUAAGACAGACACAGUGUCCCAAAGCCCAGCAAAAAUUAAAGAAUUGUGAAAUCCUACCUCUGCCCUGGAGAGGUGAAGUUGGGAAGCCUGACACAAAAAAAGAACUGAAAACAGACCAAGGAACAGAUGAGGGCACAGUUAUUGCAUCACAGCUUCAGGGUUCACGAAGUCAUUGAUUAGAAAAUAGUGCCAGAAACAUGGUUUCAUGGCAGCAACCUACCUUUUAUACCAUUUUCCUCUCUUUCAAAAUACAAGCAUAUAAGUGUCUUUGAGAGAUUGCUUUUAAACAGUUUGGGAUAUUUUCAUACCUUAUAAAUUCAAGACUCUGAAGUAAACUAAAUCUAUCCAUGCAUCCAUCCAUGAGGAAAAUAAAAUAAAAUUCAAACAAAAGCAAGGAGUAAAAACUUUCUGUACAAUAAAUAAAGCCCUAGAACAUGCUUAAAAUUGCUUUCCUGUGUAGAAUAAUGGUGUAGAUUUAAGAUGUAAUAUGCUGGGGCCUCUUAGUUUAGAAAGGAAUGAUGUGUUUCUGAUUGUAAAGCAGUAUUUUCCUGCAGGUAUAGAAUUCCUAGUUGCCUGGCCCUGUGUGAUUUCAAGCAUCAGAAAUGUUAAAACAAAUAUUCAUCAACAUCACAGACAGGAAUUUUAGGCACUUAAGAUUAGCACUGAAAAAAAGGAAUGUGGGGUUUUUGGGACACUUUCUAGGUUAAUUUCAGGAGAAAUUGUAGACUAUUGGAUGUUUUUGUGAAGCAGAUACAUUUCCAUAAAAGUAGUCUGAAAGAGGAGAGAGAAAAAAGGUCAAGUUUCUUUUUUCAAUGUGCUAUGAGUUGAGACUGAUAAUAGGAUCAGAAGGGAAGAGGACUGAACAAGAUAUUUAAAAUCUCUUAUGACAUCUGAUCCAUAGCAGGAGACAAGAGAGGAGGGGAAAAGCCUAUAGAGUAUGAAGAGAACCCUCUGGAAAAUUAAAAAAGCAAACAGACAAACAAGCAAACAAACAAAAAUCCCAAAAAGCAAAAAACCUGUUAAAAGGCAAAGUGGAAAAUAUAAAAAGGGGUUGAAUAGUCUUUUCAAUAGAGAAAAAUAUAUGUGUAACAAAUAUUCCAAAUAGAAAGGGAUUUUUGACAUGAUUCCCCUGCCUUUGUAUGGCCAUUUGCAAGCUCGUGAGGGUAGUUGCAGCCAAUUUCAGAACCUGAGUCUGUUCUUAAAAUACAAACAACCUUCUGCCCCACAGAUCUUGCUCUCAGAGGGUUCACAGUGCAAAGAGCACUGGUAGUUGCUCAUGACAUGUCCUAUUUCCCUGGCCUUUUUAUUGCAGGACAAUUGAGGUAAAAAAAGGAUAUUUCCCACAUGUGCUCAGACACAUUCCUCUCUGGAUGCUGUAAUGGCCUCCUAUUUAUUUGCACCUGACAUAGGUUGGAAGAUCUCCAACAGGUGAAAAGAAGAUUUUUAAAUAAUGUCGCCUCUUCACCUUAUCAAAGGUCCUGACAAAGAGUGCUUGAAUAACCAAUAGGAAACAGCUCUGGAAAUGCUGCUGUGGUACACAAGGUACUGGUUUUGUUCUCAAGUUAAGCCUCAGCUAAUACCACGAAACGGUGAACAAGUCAUUGGGCUGCUGCAGGUGCUAAUUCUCUGAUGACUCAAAAAAUAUGAAGUCAAAAUUACAGUGUAUUUCUCCCCUAAUAUCCCACAGGUCUUUGUGUAUGAAUAGAGUCCUGGAACUGAGGUUUCAGCCAAAUUCCAUCUCCUCCUGUUCUUCCAAUUCAUGGAGGUUCAGCAGAAAAAUGAAUUCUUAUUCCUUUGUCACAUAGUAGCGGGUGUACUGUGAAUGCUUCACCCUGGGAGUGGCUGCCUCUUAUUAAAAAUCUGAGUGAUCAACAGAGGACCAUUACUUCCCUCACCACGGUUUUCUGAGGCUUAAUUGUGUAAUAAUAGUUAUGAGGGAAAUGACUGCAUAGCUGAACAAGACAGAGAAUUGCCAGCUGUAAUUAUUUUUGUCAAAUGGGUAUGUGUAGAUGGGUGUGUCUUUCUUCUUCAUGUAAAUGGAGAUUUGGCUACUGCAGAAAAUGAAAAAGGAGAUUUUAGGGACUCUCCAAAGAGCAUAUCACACUCCUACAUCUAUUCCUUUCAAGCCUCAUGUAUUAUAAGUGUUUAAUUAUCUUAAUUAUCCUUAUAGCACAAGAACCUGAUUAAUUUAUUUAAACCUACAACCUUUUCAGUUCUUAAUCUACAAAGGCAACUUUGGGCUAUGGAAUCAGAGUCACUAAUGAGAAAGUAUAGCUUUAUCUUAGCCAGCAGCCGAAAUCUGCACAGCUGGACCUUUUCUGUGUUCCUCUAAAAGGGAGCCUGGCACUAUUGCACUUUAGCUACUUGCCAGUAGCAGACAAACAAUUGUAGGUCAUAGCCAGGUUUCAGAGAAAUUCUGAGGAUUAACCCCUCAAAUCCUGGCUCUUAUUCUGCCUGCCCUCCAGGCACAGGGCAGUCUAUGAAGUCAAAGACCAGUUCUACCCAAAGAGGGCUUGAUGAGUAAUCUGUGCUGAGAAAAGAGAUUUCAUUCAAAUUAUGCCAACAUAGCUUUUAAAUUUUUCUUUCCUUUUUUUUUUCAAUGUACUGUUGUUAAAAAUUGACUUUUUUCUCAAGACAGAACAUUCUAAUUUAAUCUCUAGCAGGGCAAAAAAUGGUAUAAAAGUACCAAUCUACUCAUGCACUGAAAAUAAUACUGAUGCAAAAAAAAAAAAAAAAUAAAAAAAGCCUUUCAGCAAAAAAUAUCUGUGGCAGCAAAAUAUAAAGAUGCUGGCAAAAAGGCAUUUUCCUUUAUAUGUAACUUUUUCUGACUAGAAUUAGAGUAUUCCACCUCCCUUUUUGGGCUAUCUCAAGAAAAAAAUAAAACGGUAAAAAAAUCUAAUGUAGUUUUAAUAGUUAUUGGAAUAAUACAGCACAAUAAAAAUUACUCAAUUCAGCCUCUUAAGGUGUAAGUAUUAACAACACACAUUAAUUUAUAUAUGCAUUUAUAUUUGCAUUCCUAAAAAAUCUAGUUAUCACCCUAUUCCAAAUAUACAAGAAUUCUAGCAUGCUUUCAAAAGGAGCUUUUGGGCUAAUCACUUGCUACUUUAUGGGCCAAUAGUUCUUGUAUUGAUUAAAACAAAAAUAUUUUCCUAAUAUCAUGACAAUAUACCAUUAAAUGUAUCCAGCAAAGUCAUUCUGUAGGCCUUUUUAAUAUGUCAUUUCCUCUGAAAGCACUCUGAACUUGGCCAGCCCAGCACUGAAAUCCAGCAGGACCAUUGCUGUUGAUUUCAGUGCCCCCUGCAUCAGGUUACAUGUGAGGAUGUGUCAUAGCAUCUUAGGAAAUGAGCCCAGUCUCAAGGCAAACAGAAUUAUUUCCCUUACAUCCACCAUGGAUUUUUGUCACUUUCUGACAGCUCAGACUCUAUUAGAAAUCUUCAGCGCAUCUCUUUGGUAUGAGCUACUAUUGCAAUUGCUGAUUUUACUAAUACUGGUAGGAAAGAUGAGCCUCAGCUGCCUGACUUCAUAAAUAAAAAUGUCUGGUGUAUGUAGUCAGACAUGGAGGUGAUGUGUUUUUACAGAUUUUUCCUUUUUAAUGGUCGCCACAAAAUGGUUUAAUGGUUUCCACAAAAUGCCAUUUUGUUCUGUAGCUCAGAGGGUGUGUGUAUAGACUAAAACUUUGAUAUGGAAUUUUUAGAUAGUCCUGUUGCACAUCAGAUAUAAAGCACUUCUUUUGAAUCUAUAUUUCUAUGGAAAAAAUGUUGAACAAAGUUUAAUUUUGUUAAAUAACUAGAAAACUAUUUCUCAGUAGAAGGAAAAAGCCUAGAUAUAUACUUAGUAUUGGUCCUUGUUUCUUUUUCUUCCACGUGUAGGCCUAAAUUCUUUCUAUGCUUCUCUACUUAGGUUUCUGUAGGAUAUGUUAGACUUAAAUGCACAUGUCUAAGUAUGGGAUAUGGAUCGUUUUAUAUCCUAGAAGUUGGCAAACUGGCAUCCUGAUUUGGAGAGGCACUUCUGACUUGUGCUUUCUCCACUUUCUGGGGGAGAUCACGAGGGUGCUUGUUCAGAAAACCAUGUGGAAUAGUGUGUUAACUCUGACCUGUUAACCUCAGCUCCCUCCAUGGCAGUACAGCCCUGCUGGCUGGGAUGGGAGCAGGCAAAGCCGGAUGGCAUCUCCUCCUUGCCCUGCUCUGCCCAGCACCCACCACCUCGGGCAGCAGGACUGCAGCACCAGCUCCUCUGAACCAUCCAGGCGCUCCUCCAACCACGAGGGGAGUCCCAAAAAGCUUCUCCUUCCUUUCCAUGAGCUUGUAGUCCAUGCUGCAUUCGAGCUGACUUCAGUGCACUCCUUGUGAGAACUGAAGCAGGGGGAGGGAACAGAAAUCAGCCACAUCUUUGCUUCAGCACAGAGCAUCCUGUUUUCCUGCUAGAUGCUUGUUUGUGGGGAAGGCAUUCUCCAGAGUGUGUGCUUCAAAAGGUAGGAAGUUAAAAUGGAGUUCCUGGCCACAGGAAGUAUUGACAGCUAAAAAACCCCACUUAGUAUUUAAACACUUAAUAUCUGAUCUCUUAAACGAAAGCACCCAACACAAUGUCUGUCAGGAUUUGCUGUGACAGUGAGGGCUCAGGAUUAGGCCCUAAAUGGCCCAAACUCUAACAGAACUCCUACCUUUAAAAUAAUCUUUAUUAUUAGAUCAGAAAUGUUGCCAAGUCUAUGUAGCUUACAAAGAACUGCAGAGUUCUAAGAUUUUGUCUCUUCUUGCUAUGUGGUGUUGGCUGACCAAGGUCUAUUAUUAAAUACCUGACUGUUUUAGUACCCUUUAUUCAGUGUUCAUGAUGUGACUUUUUAAAUGAAGUCUGUGAUUUGAUACCUAGACAUUGUUCAAGUCAAUAUCCUUGGCUUCUGCGUUAUAGAGACAAGAAAACAAAACUUUUUGAACUUGUGUUACUGGCUUUUUGUAUGCGCUAAAUGGCCAUUUGUGAAACUUGACAACAUAAAUUGUACUACUGAUAGUAAAUGGGUUUUUUGCACUAGCCUUUGAGAGCUGUAACACAUUUCAGUAUUUUUACAAUGUAUUCUCUAGAAAGUGUGAAUCUAUUUGUCAGUUCUGAAAAAAAAUAUGUAACAAUGAAACCUCAAAAAUGUUAUGAAGUGUACAGUUUGUGAUAAUUUUAUAUUUAAAAAAACAAGAAAAAUCAAAGAGUUCAUUUGAAAUAAUUUUAUUCUAAUUGUUUCAUAUGUAUUUUGAACAAGAAAUAAAGUGAUUAAAAUUA